AUGAUGAUGAAGAUGAUGUCAAGAGAAGUAAUAACAGUCAAAAUUGCGUCGAAAAAGAAACGAAAAAAGAAAACAGAAACAUGCCUACAAAACGGGACAACCAAACAACUCUCAUACGACUGCCCCAAGACUGCUGCUCAACCCCUACCGGUGGGGCCGGGUGGUGCUCCUGAUGUUCCUUCAGGCGAGACAGACUGGGGAGGGGAGGGGGUCAGCGCAGAGGAGGACGGCCACGGAGCGUUCGCGCAACGUGUCUUUGGGGAUGGGCUGACCCAGUACAGCAGUGAGCUCCAGUCCCUACGUUUCCAGUCGCGACUCACCGACUCGCGGCUUGUGGAGUGGCAGGCCGUCCUCUGGCGCAGCGUACUAUUGGUGGAGAUCCCCGCAGGCAUCCUGCCAGAUGGCAGCAAGGAGAGUUUUGUCAACCUCCUUGACUAUGCGGAGGAGCAACUCCAGUGUGAAACUGUGCUGAUCUGUUUCAAGAAGGACCGAAACGACCGCGCCUCCCUGAUCCGAGUCUUCAUGUUCAUGGGGUUAGAGGUCGUGGCCCCAGGUCACCCUGACAUCCCCGACAAUCCUGAUUACUUCUUCAUGGCCUACACCAUUGACUAGACUGGCCUGAUCACCCCCAUGGCCGUGAAUGUGGUAGUCUAAAAUACUGUCUGUAAUCGGUUGAGAAUAGGAUGGGUUGCGCCAUUUCAAUCUUGGAUGAUUUAUAAAAGAACGAUCAGUUUUGAUGUGAAUUGGACUUGACCACUUCAUACAUAGGGGUGUUUUUGCCUGUGCUAGUUUGAAGGUCAUUGAGUGAACUUAUCUAAUGAGAAUGGAGGAUAGAGUAAGAGUUUGUGAACUGGUGGAACAUGGUGAUGCCUUUUUUCCAUGUAAAAUUUGUAACAUAUUACGUGAUUGGGUAAGCUUAAGUUUCGACUAAGUUGGUUCUGAUUUUUGUUGUUUGCUCAAAAGUCACUACGAAUAGACUUUGCUAGAUUAUAUGAUGUACAAUGUUCUAACAAACUUAUUUUGUGUGUACUGCACUUAUGUAUGUUUAGUUCAUUAAGAUAAGUAACACCACAUUGUAAUAUUUAGGCUUUUUGACCUGCUGUGAUAAAAGGAUGUAACAUAAGCAGUAUGUUGAAUUUUUGUCUGAUAAGAAUUCUCCAAAAUGCAGUUACAUAGUGAAACUACCAACCAAACAUUUGUGUUUGAUGUUCUGAUUAUGAUGCUGUACAGUGAUGUAUGGAGAAUAUGUUACAGAAGAAUGCUUCGAUCAGUUUUUGGCGACGCCACGGGUCAGAGCCUUCCUAAUUGUUGUUUAUUUCCACAUUUAUGACACAUGUAUCAAGAAGUAACAAUGGAAAGACUUUGAAAUGGAAUAAAAAGAUGGUCAAAUGGGGAAAUACAUGUAGGCUAUUGUGCCAAUAAUUUGCACUUAUUUUUUUUUGCAUUCCUUGUCUCAAAACUAGUUUAUCUAAUCAAUUCAUAUUAACAUAAGUAGAAAUAUUGUUAAACUGUUUUUAGGUUCUUUGAAUGUCGUCACCCUAAAGAAAAUUACUUUGCUUACAUCAAAGAUGAAUGUCAUCUCAGUUAACAUAAACCUGGAUAUCCUGUCACGUUUACACCGAGGAUACUUUUGCAUAGAUUUACUUGUAUUGGCUUAUUUCAUGAACCAAAAAGCUGUCUCUAUGAAGAGUUGUAAAUGAGCUGGUGUUCUCAUGGUUGAGGUGUACGUCUGUGUGUUCAGUUUAUCUCGUGAACAUGUGCUGGUGAUGGAAUAAAGCCUUGUAAGAAGCAAUUGCAAA